CUCAAAACCUUCACUCUCUCUCUAAACAAAACUAACUUAUAGAGAGAGAGAAUCACCAUCUUCUUCAAUUUCCAAUUUACACACAUUCUCUUUAAAGAAAACACACACACACACACUAAAAUCAUAAAAUGGCCUUGCCUCAAAUUCUUCCAUCCACUUCAUCUUAUCUUAAAUCUUUCUACUUUCAAACAACCACCCACAAAAAAUCUCACUUAAACCCUAAUCUUUCUUUCCCACUUUCCAAUAUAACCACCUCCACCGCCUUCCUCCGCCGCAAAAAGCUCACAACUUUCCGGUGCUCCGGCGAAAAACAAGAAACCCCAAAUCAUCAAAACGACGUCGUUGAACUCCCAUUGUUCCCUCUUCCGCUUGUGUUAUUCCCUGGUGCCAUUCUCCCUUUACAAAUCUUUGAAUAUAGAUACAGAAUAAUGAUGCAUACCCUUUUACAAACUGACCUCAGGUUUGGUGUUAUUUACACUGAUGCCACUACUGGUACUGCUGAUGUUGGUUGUGUUGGUGAAGUAAUUAAACAUGAACGUCUAGUUGAUGAUAGGUUUUUCAUUAUUUGUAAAGGCCAAGAACGUUUCCGUGUCACGAAAAUUGUCAGAACCAAACCUUUUUUAGUGGCUGAGGUUGUCUGGUUGGAAGAUAGACCAUCAUCUGGGAACAAUGACAAUGUUGAGGAUUUAGAAGGGUUAGCUAAUGAGGUUGAAAUGCAUAUGAAAGAUGUAAUUCGUUUAUCGAAUAGAUUGAAUGGAAAACCGGAGAAAGAAGCAGGGGAUUUGAGGCGAAAUUUGUUUCCAACGCCUUUUUCGUUCUUCGUUGGGAGUACGUUUGAAGGUGCUCCAAGAGAGCAGCAAGCUUUACUCGAACUGGAAGAUACUAUGGUUAGAUUGAAAAGAGAGAAGGAGACUUUGAAGAAUACUUUGAAUUAUUUGUCUGCUGCUUCUGCUGUUAAAGAUGUGUUUCCUUCUUCAUCUUCUUGAUAUAUAUAUAUAUGUGAUUAUGAUUAUGAUUAUGUUUAUGAUUAUGAUUAUGAAAUGGAAAAAAGAUAUGGUUUUUAUAGGUACCCAAUUGGUUGUUUUCUAUUUUCGUUUUGUCCAUUUGGUUGAUAUACUUUUUUUUACAUAUAUAUAACUUUGUAAAGAUUCUGCUACUCGUUAGUGACCCUUUCAAGAAUUAUGAACCCUGUGUUUGGAAA